AUGGAUGACUGGAAAACUCGGCUUGUAAUCAAGAGCAUGCUUCCCCAUAUCGGCAUGGUGGGAAAUCGUCAGGAGCCCAGAAAGCUCCAGGAAUCGCCACAGGGAACCAUUAAGAGGAGACAGGAAGGAGACAACUUCCAGUUUCCAGGCAUGGCUGACGGGGGUUACCCUAAUAAAAUCAAGCGGCUUUGCCUUGAAGAUGUCACUCUUUCUAUGGGCCCAAGUGCCCAUUCCAGCACGCCCUGUGCAGAGCUGCAGGUUCCUCCAUUGACAAUGAACCCUAGCCCUUCAGCUAUGGGAGCAGCGGGUCAUUCAUUACUACUCGAAAAUAAUUCCAUGAAUGGCAGCAUAAUGGACUCGCCAUUUAUGGUACAACCAAAUGCAGAAAUGGGACUCAAAGAGCCCACUAUUCCUUACUAUGACAAAACCAACAGCAUGAUGACUAUGGAGCAAGACCAGGAACUUCAAGAUCUGCUAGAGGAGCUAACAGAAAUUCAAGACCCUUCUCCAAAUGAACUAGAUCUUGAGAAGAUACUGGGAAGCAAGCCAGAAGAACCACCAGUCUUAGAUCACUCCCAGGGAACCCUGGGCACAACUCGAAAGCCUUCAGCUCAGAUGCCACACUUGGAGAGCCGUGGUUCCAGUAAAGAGUUUGCUUCUGGUUGUAGCCAGGUCACUGGUAUAUCACUUCAAAUCCCACCCUCCUCCGCAGGAAUCGGCUAUGCUAUUCCUUCCACUAGUAAACAGAUGGUAACACCCAGUUCUGCAAUAACACAGGCAAAGAGCCAGACCCAGGCGAUGCUCCCCGGGGCUAUGCCCCCACUCCCGGUGCCUCAGUGGCAUCAUGCCCACCAGCUGAAGGCGUUGGCAGCCAGCAAGCAGGGAUCUACUACAAAGCAGCAAGGGCUCGCAUCCAAUUGGUCUAGCCUGACCUCUCCAGGCCUCUCCCCACCUUACCGCCCAGUGCCAUCACCACACCCACCACCACCUUUUAGCCCACAGAGCCUAAUGGUAUCCUGCAUGUCGUCUAGCAACCUGCCAGGGAGCACUCUCCAAGGCUCUCCCAAUGCCUUACUCUCAAGCAUGGCACCCAGCAGCAAUGCUGCCCUUGGGCCCACUAUGUCCUAUUCUCCCGAGAAGCUCCCCAGCCCAUCUCUCAAUCAGCAACCACAAUUCAGCCCACAGAGCUCCAUUCUUGCCAACCUAGUGUCCUCUACCAUGAAAAGCCCUCAAGGCCACCUGAUGUCUGCUCUACCCACCAGCAACCCAGGACCCUCCCCACCCUACCGCCCAGAGAAGCUUUCCAGCCCAGGCUUGCCCCAGCAAUCCUUCACUCCACAGUGCUCAUUGAUCCGCAGUAAUCCACUAAGCCAGCAGCAACAGCACCAGCAAACAAAUGCCAUCUUCAAGCCCAUGGCCACCAACUCACCCAAGACCCUGAGCAUGAUCAUGCAGCAGGGGCUGGCCAGCUCCAGACCAGGAGCCCCGGAGCCAUUUACUUUUGGCAACACCAAGCCCUUGUCACAUUUCGUUUCUGAGCCGGUCCCCCAGAAGAUGCCCUCCGUGCCUGCCACCUCUAGGCAGCCUUCUCUACUCCACUAUCUACAGCAGCCUAUGCUGACGCAGGCCUCUUCUGCCACUGCCUCCUCCACUGCCACGGCCACUUUUCAGCUGCAGCAGCAACAGCCUGACCGUUCUUCAUUCCUUCUGCAGCAGAUGAUGCAGCAGCCCCAGCGCUUUCAGCGGUCAGCAGCUUCAGAAUCCAUGCCUCCUCUGCCAAGACAGAGUCAUAUAGACAAAGCCUGCAAGCUUGGGGAAGCCAGGCCCCCCCAGGUCAGCCUCGGGCAUCAGCCCCCAUCCUGCCAGGCCCUGGGGAGUGAGUCCUUCCUGCCAAGCAGCUCCUUUGCUCAUGAGCUGGCCCGAGUCACCUCCUCGUACAGCACCUCAGAGGCAGCGCCCUGGGGCGGCUGGGAUCCGAAGGCCUGGAGGCAGGUGCCUGCUCCACUACUGCCUAGCUGCGACGCUGUAGCAAGAGAAACAGAAAUCAGGUCUUAUGGCAAUGACCCUUGA